CUGGUGAAAGAAGGAAUAGCCCCGCCGCCCUUUGCCUCCUUUUGUUGGGCUGCCGCUCCUUCCGAAUCAUGGCGCCAUCGCUGUGGAAAGGGCUUGUAGGUGUCGGCCUCUUUGCCCUAGCCCACGCUGCCUUUUCAGCUGCUCAGCAUCGUUCUUAUAUGCGACUAACAGAAAAGGAAGAUGAAUCACUACCAAUAGAUAUAGUUCUUCAGACACUUCUGGCCUUUGCAGUUACCUGUUAUGGCAUAGUUCAUAUCGCAGGAGAGUUCAAAGACAUGGAUGCCACUUCAGAAUUAAAGAAUAAGACAUUUGAUACCUUAAGGAAUCAUCCAUCUUUUUAUGUGUUUAAUCAUCGUGGCCGAGUGCUGUUCCGGCCUUCGGAUGCACCAAGUUCUUCAAACCUAGAUGCAUUGUCCUCUAACACGUCAUUGAAGUUACGAAAGCUUGACUCCCUGCGCCGUUAAGCUUUUUACAAAUUCAAUAAUAGGACAGACAGAGUUUUAGGAAUCCUGAAAAUACCAUGUAACACCUGCAUUUUGCAGCACAAGAGUCAAAUGGUCUUCAGUUCUUAUUAGACCAACUUCUUGAAGAAGACCAAAAUGGUGACUUUGCAGGUUUUUUUAGGUCCCAUAAAGAGUGAAUCUGCUUUUACAGAUACUUGCCAAUUUUUAUUUUAUCAAUGGUUUCUCUCCAGACCCCACUCCCAGAUUCCUUCUAACAUCAGCUGUCUUGUUUCAUCACUUCUGAGAUUCUGUGUGCAGUGAGCAAAUUUUGUGUCAGAAAUUCUGUCAUACGUAUUUAACAAGUCCAUCUUGCUGUAAAAUUACUCAUGUUGUUUUGUUGUAA